CCACAAUAUCUGUUCUGUGUCCGUGUUCAGUUAAGGAGUUGGAUGUCCAUCUUCACUUAGGUUUGCAGUUAGUCAGUAUCAGUAAGAUUUUGCAUUUAGUUUGCUGACUGGUCUGCUUGAAAUGCACAAUAACUGCUCUUCUGCAAGCAGUUUGUAUAUGCAGGGCCCAGGAUGCAGAGUUUCCUGGGAAAAUUGUUCCAUACUAGUAACAAGGUCAUUGUCCUUUGAAGGACAGAAGAUGAUAGCUUGGGCCCUAAACCAUGUUUUAUGUAGUGGUAACUUCAGACUAGCCCUGUGUCAAGUUUGCUUUAAGUUUCAGCUCUGCGUAGGCUUUGAAAGGGAAGAGGAAUUCUAUGUGUAUUUACCCCACACCCACCCCCAAAUCUCCUGUACUUCCUGCACUUUUGUUUGCGGAGGUUUGUUUUGGAUUUUUUUGCUGUCUCCCUCCACCCCCAUCUUUGAAGGAUUCCACUGCUUCUUGGAUUAUAUCAGUCCCACAAGUUUCUCUCAGUAGCAGCUUUGAAAUGAAGCACUCUUGUUGAUCUUCAUCUGUAUCUGUCUGGCAGAAUUGUAAGAUCUAGUGCGAGACAAUGCUUCAUGUCCAGCUUUGUUUGAUGGCACAGGAAUAGGAGAGGCCCUCCAAAGCUAAUACUUCUGAACAGCUGGAGCACAUAGUGCAUAUAUUUGUGUUCCAGGGUUUUGCACAAUGAAAUUCUAGUGUGAGCAUUUGAUUUUGUAAUGUCUGUUGUUGACCAAUUUGCAUCACCUUGCAGACACUGAAAGUAGUGUUGAGAAACCGACAAAAUGAGUAGUCGUCGGAAACGUGCACCUCCGUCCAAAGUGGAUGAGGAGAAGAAGAAAAAGCUCUGCUGGAAUAUGCAUGAAGACCGGAGAAAUGAGAUGGUGGCGUUAGAUGAUGAAGUAACUAAUGAGGACCAUAUUCCAGUUCCAAGCACUUCUGCAUCCUUCAUUGUUAUAAACGAUGAUAGCACUGAUGAAGAUCUUGUACAGAAAGAAGGCAGUGGCUCAAAAUCUGUUAAGUUUCUGACAGUUAACGAUGAAGAAGACUCUUAUUCCAUCUUGACUCCUGUGUCUGUACAGCUAAAUAUUAUAGUCCUGCCAUACCGUGCAGAUAGGUCCUGGAAGGCUUUGUUGGGAGAAUUUGCUCUUCGUCUGCUUUCUGAGCAAAUUCGAACUGACGAAUUCCGUGACAGGAGCUUUACUUUAAUGAGAGGAGACUCUGAUGAUGAGCUGCAGGUCUGUGUUCAUGAAAGAAGUGAAGAAGAGUACAGUAAUGAAACAAAAGAAUACCUGGGUGCUUAUGAACAACGUAUUCUGGUGGAAACAACUUUAAGUGGUGAAAUAUUGGAAGGCUUGAGAUGGUUGCAAAAGAAAAAGAUAAUUGGACUUUAUCAAAGACCUGGAGAGACUCAGGCUUUGAAGGUUGGAAUUUACCUCCUUGAAUCUGGGCUGAGUAAACCGGAAUUUCUCAGUGAUGGAGGUGGAAGACCCAAAAAAGCUAAUCAGAUGAUUCAAAAGCUCAUGGAAAAGUUCUACAGUUUUUUAAUUCCAGAUGAGCUGGAGGAAGAUGAGGAAGAAUCUGACAUGGAACUAGAGCGACAAAAUAUUGAAGAGCUUUAUGACUUCGUAAGGCACACCCACCAGCAGGAUAUACAAUUACUGAGAAAAGAUGUGCAGCAUCCUGCAUUGAUUCCCAUUCUGAGGCCAUACCAAAGUGAGGCUGUGAACUGGAUGCUUCACCGAGAGAACAACGCAAGUACUCCAAGUAGUGAAAACGCGCUGCACUUCUUAUGGCGGGAGGUGAUCACUCUGGAUGGAGUAAAAAUCUACUAUAAUCCAUUUACCGGCUGUGUUAUCCGUGAGUAUCCAACUGCUGGACCCCAGUGGCCUGGAGGUAUUUUGGCAGAUGAGAUGGGUCUUGGAAAAACAGUAGAGGUGUUGGCUCUUAUUCUGAAUCAUACCGGACCAGACAUUAAACAAGAUGAUCUGACAUUACCUGAGGGUAAGCUUGUGAACUUCUUUGUUCCGCCUCAACCUUUAGAGGGAAAUAAAAAGAAAAAAACAAAGGAAAUGGAGCCUAAAUUAAAGGAAAAAAUACAGUAUCCCAGCUUACGAGUAAUGAUAUUAGCAGCUGUAAAGGAAAUGAAUGUGAAGAAAGGAGCAUCCAUCAUUGCAAUAUUUAAGUACAUCAGUUCCAUAUAUAGGUACGACACACAGAGAAAUAGACGGCUUCUCAAAAGAACUCUAGAAAAGCUAAUUGCAGAGCAGGUGAUAGAACAAGUUAAAGGACAUGGUCUGGCUGGGUCUUUCAAGCUGGGAAAGAAUUACAAGGAACAGAAGAAGCGAGAAAGAACCAAAGAGCAGGUAGCAAGGACUUCAGAAAACACUCAGAAGAAGCAAUUGAUUGAUGCUAAAACUCAAACCAAAGAAUCAAGAAACAGUGACGUAACAUCUGAAAAUGUCUUUAAAACUGCUUCACAUGAGAAUAUCACCAUGGAAGAACAUGAUUAUUGUGCAACCAGUAAAAAUAACAGGAAAUCUGAAGCAGAUCAUGAGAACUCUGUAGAAGACAAAAAUGUUAAACAAGAAGCUGUGGUCUCAAAGUCUCCUGAUUUUGAUGGCAGCCUCCUUGUCUCCAGUGACGUGAGCAGUCAUUCUGAUGCUGAUGUUUCUAAGACUGCAGCUGUUGUCCAGCAGGAAAUCCCAAAGGCCCAGUCCUCACUUCCCCAAGAACGUGCUGGCAGUAGCGUACAACAUACCAGUUCUGUAUUUCCAUUUAAUACCUCUGAAUAUCGUUUUGAAUGCAUCUGUGGUGAGCUCGGAUUGGCUGACUACAAGGCUCGUGUGCAGUGCCUGAAAUGUUACCUGUGGCAACAUGCAGAAUGUGUAAACUACAAAGAGGAGAACCUGAAGAGCAGACCCUUCUAUUGUCCCCAUUGCCUUGUGGCCAUGAAACCAGUUCCCACAGGAGCAACUCUUAUCAUUUCUCCGAGUUCUAUUUGUCACCAGUGGGUAGAUGAGAUCAACAGGCAUGUAAGAUCAUCAUCUCUUCGAGUUCUGGUGUAUCAAGGUGUGAAGAAGCACGGCUUUCUGCAGCCUCACAUGCUGGCAGAGCAGGAGGUGGUUAUCACCACGUACGACGUCCUGCGCACCGAACUGAACUACGUAGACAUUCCCCACAGUAACAGCGAGGACGGGCGCCGCUUCAGGAACCAGAAGCGCUACAUGGCCAUCCCCAGCCCCUUGGUGGCGGUGGAGUGGUGGAGGAUCUGCCUCGAUGAGGCACAAAUGGUUGAAUGCACUACUGCAAAGGCUGCUGAAAUGGCACUCCGUUUGAGUGGAAUCAAUCGCUGGUGUGUUAGUGGCACUCCUGUGCAACGAGGAUUAGAAGAUUUAUAUGGAUUAGUCCUUUUUCUUGGAGUUGAUCCUUACUGGGUCAAACAUUGGUGGGACCAACUACUGUAUCGACCUUACUGUAGGAAAAAUCCCCGGCCUCUCUACAGUCUAAUUGCAAAGAUAAUGUGGAGAUCAGCAAAGAAGGAUGUGAUUGACCAAAUUCAAAUCCCCCCUCAGACAGAAAAUAUACACUGGCUUCACUUCUCUCCUGUGGAGAGACACUUCUAUCAUCGCCAGCACGAGGUGUGCUGCCAGGAUGCAUUGGCAAAACUCAGGAAGAUUUCAGACUGGACUCUUAAGCUUAGCAGCCUAGAUAGAAGGACUGUGACUUCUAUUCUAUACCCUCUGCUACGGCUGAGGCAGGCCUGCUGUCACCCACAAGCUGUUCGGGGAGAGUUCUUGCCACUACAGAAAAGCACCAUGACCAUGGAGGAACUCUUAGCAUCUCUGCAAAAGAAAUGUCGAACUGAGUGUGAAGAAGCUCACCGACAGCUGGUGUGUGCUCUUAAUGGCUUAGCUGGUAUCCAUAUCAUUAAAGGAGAAUAUGCAUUGGCUGCGGAGCUGUACAGAGAAGUACUAAGAUCAUCUGAAGAGCACAAAGAAAAGCUUAAAACAGACUCCUUGCAAAGACUUCAUUCUACACAUAAUUUAAUGGAAUUGUUGGCAAAGCACCCAGGAAUUCCCCCAACUUUGCGUGAUAGCCGACUCGCAGAAGAGGCAGAACAACUUCGACAGCAUUAUAUGAGUAAAUCCAACGCAGAAGUUGCAGAAGCCCAUCAGGCCUUACAACCAGUUCUUCAGACCAUUCGGGAACUUCAAAGAAAGAUACAUUCAGGUUCUCCUUGGUGGUUGGAUGUCAUCCAGACAGCAAUACAGUAUGCCAUCGAUGAGGAGCUUGUUCAGCGUGUGCAAAACGAAAUAACCUGCAACUACAAACAGCAGACCAGUAAACUCUCCAUGGCAGAGAAAUUCCGUGACUGCAGAGGCCUUCAAUACCUACUCACAACCCAGCUGGAUGAAGUGAAGAAGUUCCAGAAGAUUGUAAGAGAAGCAGUGAAAAACUUAGAAGGGCCUCCUUCUAAGCAGGUUAUAGAGGCUGCCACUAUCUGCCAUUUGCGACCUGUUAGACUGCCACUUAACAACUGUGUCUUUUGUAAGGCUGACGAAUUAUUCACAGAAUAUGAGUCAAAGCUCUUUAUGCAUAGUGUUAAAGGCCAAAUGGCAAUAUUUGAGGAGAUGAUAGAAGACCAAGAAGGGCUUGUCGAUGACCGCUUGCCCACCACAAGCAGAGGGCUCUGGGCAACCAGUGAAACUGAGCGUGCCUUGAAAGCUCUUCUCUCCUUUGCCAAAGCUCACCGAAUGGAUGCUAGGCUAACUGAAGAAGGGAGUGUAUUCCUGGAACUCUUUGAAGCAUGGAAAAAGGAAUAUAAGUUACUUCAUGAGUAUUGGAUGGUCCUUAGGGAUCACGUGUCUGCUAUUGAUGAGCUGGCAAUGGCGACAGAACGACUGCGAGUGCGUCACCCUGAUGAGCCAAAACCAAAUCCACCAGUGCUCCACAUUAUAGAACCACAUGAGGUAGAGCAAAACCGAGUGAAACUUCUGAAUGACAAGGCAGUUGCCAAAUCACAGCUUCAAAAGAAAUUAGGACAACUUCUGUACCUCACUAAUCUGGAGAAAUCUCAGGAUAAAACUACCGGAGGAGUUAACCCAGAACCGUGUCCAAUCUGUGCACGUCAGCUGGGAAGACAGUGGGCGGUGCUGACGUGUGGACACUGUUUUUGUAAUGAGUGCAUAGCAAUCAUCAUCCAGCAGUACAGCGUUGGCACCCGCCGGAGCUCAAUUAAAUGUGCCAUUUGCAGGCAGACAACAUCUCAUAAAGAAAUAUCUUAUGUCUUCACUGCAGAAGCUGCAAAUCAGGAGGAUGAUAUUCCUGUGAAGGGAAGUCACUCCACCAAAGUGGAAGCUGUGGUCCGAACACUGAAGAGAAUUCAAUUUAAAGAUCCAGGGGCUAAGUCCUUAGUUUUCUCAACGUGGCAAGAUGUGUUGGAUAUAAUUUCAAAAGCUUUGUAUGACAACAACAUGGUUUUUUCUCAGAUCAAUGGAAUUAGUAAAUUUCAGGAAAACCUGUCUGCAUUUAAAUAUGAUCCCAAUAUCAAUAUUUUGCUGCUGCCUCUUCACACUGGUUCCAAUGGAUUGAACAUCAUCGAAGCAACUCACGUUCUGCUCGUGGAGCCCAUUCUGAAUCCAGCACAUGAGCUACAGGCUAUUGGCAGGGUGCAUCGUAUUGGCCAAACAAAAUCUACGAUUGUUCAUAGGUUCCUGAUAAAAGCAACAAUAGAAGAGAGAAUGCAGACUAUGCUGAAAACUGUAGAUAGAAGCCACACGAGCUCUUCCAUGAAACAGUCAGAAGCCUCAGUGUUGACAGUGGCAGAUUUGGCUGACCUUUUUACAGAGGAAACUGAAGAACUUGAGUAAAAACAUUGGUUUGACCUAAUGAAAUUGGAACAUACCUGACCCAGUAAGCACCAGGAUAAAAUCCGCUUGAUCUGUCGUUCCUGUAGACAUCAUCUAACAUUUGUCCGUAAGAGAGGAAUCGGAAAUUGAGAAGUCUCAAUUUUUACUGAUUUAUUCUUUGGUGACGUUCAUAGCAGCACACACUUCUAAUGGCACUGGAUAAAAGUUGCACUUUGCACAUUGUACAAAAACAUGGAUUUUUUUUUUUCCCAAAGAGCAUUUGAGCUGGAUGCUAAAACUGAGAUCUUGGACCCUUGGUUGAGAGGAUUUUUACCAUCAGGCUUGAUCGGCCAGUAGCUCAGUCUGAGAGCAAAACUAUGUGGGUGGUUGGGUGGGAAAGGGAAGCAGAAAAAUACAAAUCUAAUUUUUUUUAUUGUACAAAGAGUUGUUAGAAAGAAUGACUGUAAAUUAAUAUUCUUCUAGAAAGGGCUUGUUAGAUUUAAUGCAGAGUUAUUAAAUGUCUUAUUGUUAACACUUCAAAUUACAAAUGUUUACUAAUAGUUUGGAUAUUUGUAUUAGGCUUUUAGAUAUUCAUUAAGACUUUUGACAGUUAAAUAUUUCAUUGUUAAUGCUUACUCACGGCAAAAAGAUGAUAAUUAAAUUAUGCUUUUUGUAUGUGUGUUGGUCUGGUGAUCAGUUAAAGACUUAACUUGCUGUACAUGUUUUCACUUGAAGCUGUGACUAAGUUAGUGCUCUGUUUGAAAAAACAAGAAAAGCAUUUGCUACAGAGUUUUCAAAAAUUAAUUUGUUACACUGCUGAUCACUUCAUAAUUAUUUGGUGUUUCUGUGCAUUGUCUCACCCUGAUCUUUUUGUCUAGUUCUUCCCCUUAAAGAUGCAGCAAUCUAAAUAUACAAAAAUGCAUGAAAUUAUGGUAGGCAGUCUAGUUACUAAGUGCCUGAUCUAAGAUAGAGAAAGUGUGGAGAGAAAUGGAACUUUUGUGAAGCUUCAUCUUUAGAUAUGCAAGAACACUCUACCCCAUCUUUGUUGACAGUAGUUUGCAAAAGAAAUCUAGGCUAACUUUCAGACUUCUGAAGGUAAGCACGAUAAAUUUUAAGCCUUUUGGCAUUGGGUAUGGGUGUGCAUUUAUAUAACGUUAAUUUCCAAAGGUAUUACAGAAGCAAGCUCAGGUGUGCAAUUGGUGUUAAACACAAUUUUGUGUUUAGCAGGUGGGAAAAUGUGUGUGCAUAAGCAACAGGCUACUUCCCUCAGUUUGCAGCAAGAGAGAUGGAAUAGAUGAUAGACUCUUCUUUAGAUUAGGUUGAUCAAGCAGUUUACACAGGAGCUGUGACAUCUCCAUCCUGGAACAUACUGGGAACUCAAAUAACCCUAAGCAACCUGAUCCACCUUCGAAGUUGGUCCUGCUGUGUGUGGUGUUUUGGACCAGAUGACCUCCAUGGAUCCCUUCCAGCCGAAAUUAUUUUACAGUGUACUGGAGAUCAUGCUGUACAGACACUCUAGGAACUCUGAGGGCAGCAACAUUCCAAUUUCCUCAUCAGCUUCAGAUAAUUUUGAUAUUGUAUGGCACAAUGUGACUGCACAAGUGCUGCUAUUCACUCUGAGAAAUGAUGUAUCUGUGCUAAGAACUGUGGAAGCACAUAGUGUUUACAUUCAUAGCUCCCAUUUUAAUUAGCUAGACGUGGGAAGAAUAGUUGUCAAUGAAUGUGAAGACAGAAAGGCAAACUGAAAAAUGUCAGCUAUGAGAGAUUUCCCAACCUCUUCAUGUUUUUGGCUUGAUGCCUUUUUCGGGCUUGCCUAGAAACAGAGGCCAGACAAAGUUAAAAGGAUAAAAGCAGAUAUAUUUAAUGAAGGGGCGUCAGGUACAUUAAGGGCAGAUAAAGCCUCCCCAAGGGGCUACAACCAAAAUGGAUGAUGGUCACAAGUUUUCCAGACAGAUACAAGUUUGGUCUAUUUCCAACUCAGGGAUUAAUCCUCCAAUUACAGCUUCAGGUAAUGAAGUCAUAUUCCCCCAGUUCAUUCCCCACCAGUUCACUUUUCUUUAUACUUUUCAGGGUCUGAGGCUGUAGAGUGUCCUUGAGUUUUAGGACUAGCGGAAUUGUUUUGUCUGACCAAAAUGUGAAGACAGUAAUUAACACUUUAUGUGGAGUUUAGAGUUAUGCACUAAUGCACUACAGGAUUUGAAAAAUACAAAGCCUAAAAUCUUAAGGCAUCAGGCUUAUUUAUAUAAACAUGAUGGUUUCAUUGUUUAUUUAUAAAUAUGUGGCUUUUGGAUUCCUAACCAAAAGCAUAACUUCUUUCCAAGCACUGCAUGAGUCUUUAGUCCUAGCUUACCUUGUUUUAUACUCAUAUAACAGCAUGGAGUGCCAGAAAAUCUGUUUCUAGCUGCUCUCCUGCCUGCCCUGGAGCAUCAGCACUUAGAGCAUGAGCACUUAGUGCACAUGAGUUGUAUUAAAGCACCUCUUGAAAUUGGAGCGUUGAACCACUGGAGUAUAUAGCCAAUGUCAGUAGUAAAAUGAAUUCUUCAAGUUUUACAUAAUACCAAAUACAGAGACCAAAUUUAA